GCAGACAGAUUGUUUAGGCCUUUGACUAACUAAAAUUCCCCGGACCUAGUGGGAAUUUUCCAAAUCCGCACGGGAGUGGAGAGACCAUGUUAAUCCCCGGCCCGAUUCAGACCUGUGAUGGACUCCUGCAAACUUCUUCGGGACAUACCCCUUGUGAAACUGCGCAGAUGCAACAGGUGCAACAGAAGGUUACGGGGCCAACCAUGUCAAGCCCCAGUCUGGAUGUCAUCACGUCCAGCCAAGACCUCCGCUGGCUCCUUCAGUCCUCUCUCUGGACCCAGCCCGACUCCUCAUGGCAGACGCUGGCCUCGUUCAUGCCCCACGAGGAGCCCAUAGGUCGUCCUCCUGGCCCGAUACCCAGCUGCUGCCACGCACGCCCGCGCUGUCCCGGUGCCACGGGCAAAACCAGGACAAAGGUUGCGGGCCGUCUGGAUGACAAAGUAUCUCAGGAGGAGGCUGAGCGGAGGAGGGUGCGUAGGGAGCGUAACCGUAUGGCUGCUGCUAAGUGCCGAAACCGCCGCCGCGAGCUCACCGACACCCUGCAGAGCGAGAGUGACCAGCUGGAGGGUGUGCAGACCCAGCUGCAGGACGAGAUUGCUGGGCUGGAGCGGGAGAAGGAGAAGCUGGAGCUGGUGCUGGAGGCACACAAGCCCAUCUGCAAGAUGGCGCACCACAGCCACCCUAGCCAUGACCACGAGGAGGGGGGCGAACAGCACACUGGCUGUGUGUAGCCUGAGUCUGCGGGUUCAGACCAGGUUCUUUACACGGCAUACUGUAUUAGGGUGACACGAGGGCAGUGAAGCCCACCUCGGUCUCAUGUACUGGAUAGUUAACCUUAUUUGGGUUGCAGAUGAAGUAUUCAUCUAUACAUUGGUUCAUACAGAAGGAACUGUGUUUAUAUUGCAAUAGUUCUCAGUAUCUCAUGGGAAUCUCUUACUGUUGUGUUGUACUCUCAGUGGAUUUGCUAUCACUUACCUGGCACCUGGGGGGUAUUGCAAGUAUGUGGUUUAGUGACAAACCUGGGUAAGUUAACUCAGAGCAAGUGUAUUGCAAUUAGUAUUGUAUUGUUAGGAGAAUAAAGCCUUACAGCUCUUCUAUUAGGAGGUUUACUGCUUACACUGAGUUAACUUUCCCAGGUUUGUCUCUAAACCACGUACUUGCAAUACCCCCCAGGUGCCUCUCUGGUGUUUUCUGUGUUGGCCGUUUGAUCAUGAAUUUCAGUAGACAUGUGGAAUGUCAGCUCACCGGUUGAAUUUGGAUUGUUGUAGGUUCAGAGUUUGUGUAUCUUCAAGGUGUUACAUACACACUGCCCCAACAAACAGCAACCAACCCUGACAAACACAAUUAGGUUAGAGUGUGCCAUCAGGCUGUGGUUGAUGGAUGGAGUUGUUUGAGUUGUACUUUCACUGUCUGGGCAGUGUGGAGCUAGUAGGUGGUUUUCUGAACAUUCUAAAGACUGCAACAGACAACUUCCAACUUUAAGGCCCGUCCACCUAAGUGGCUCAAUAUGAAUAAGCUUAUUUGAAAAUGAUCAGUGAAAACUAUCUCCGUACACAUUAACACUUUCAAAUCUUUUUUGAUUGUUUUUGAUCCACACUAAAACUUGAAUAGGCCAUAGAAGUGUUCAUUGUUGGUGGUGUCUGGAACUUUUAUCAGUGCCAUGGCAACCGCACGCCAUCGUAUCUGACUGCCUUUUCAACGUCCGCACUGUACUGCAAACCCGGCAUUUUCAAUGUAUGCACCUUAGAGAGCUUUUUCAAGAAAUAUUGUUUUCAGGGUCCGAAUAUGCGUUUUAGUGUGGAUGGAAGGGCUACAUGGAGAAAUAAUUAUGCAUGUUUAUAUUUCCCUGACUUAGAGUGGGCAGGGCCUAAGAACGUUGGGUUUCGUUGGGUGUUGUCUGGGCAGUGUGUAAGCACCUUUAGUUACACGCACACUGCCCAAAGCUGUACUUGGGUCUGUAUGGGUGGAGUUGUGCACAACGGUGAUGAAAGAACACUAUUUGGUGGUAAUGCUUUAGUGAUGUGGUGGAGGUUGUAUGUGGGAAGAUGGAGGCGCAAACGAGAGGAAUACUCAGAGCUGCAUUCACAUUGCUGAGAUUUAAUACGGUACAUAUACUCAAUAUACUUUAUUAUUAUACACUAUACACCUCCAGAGCUCAGACCAAUUGAAAUGACACGUUUCAAAGAACAUGUCCCUUGGGAGAGGGGUGUGUGUGUGUGUGUGUGUGUGUGACACAGACGUUCCACAGUCCAAAAGAAAUAGAAAAUUCUGCAUUCAAAGGGUAACAUGUUUACACGGUUUGCAGAAACGUGUCCAGCUGCAGAGCGGAAUGCCUUGUAGUAACUUGCACGGACAUAACACACCAGCUCUUCUGUUUCCACUAGGACAUGACUCAAACCGCAGGCAUCUGCAUGCACUGACAACACACACACUGCUUUAAAACAGGUUUCAUGAGUGAUCCAUGCUUACCGCAGCACUGUAUGGUUCUAUACUAUAGCAUGGUGUUACGUUAUCAUAUACAACGCAGAGAAGCACUGUUAUGAUUUUGAUUUGUUAAACACUGAUACUGUCUCAUUUCCUUUAAGUGCAGGUAUGUGGAACAGACUCACUGUUCACUGUGCCAGGCACUGUGGUGAAAUGUGGUGAAUCGGUCGGCAUUGACUGCAGACCUGCUCGUGUUCAUGGCCACUCUUCUGUGAUGUUAUUUAGGCGAGUGAGCAAGCGAGCUGUCGUAAUCUCCUCCAUGAACGGUGCAGCCACUGCUCCAUUAAAGGGGAACUAUGCAGGUUUUUUUUUUAACUUAAUUAACUGAACAGCUUUGGACUCAUUGGAAUGGUUAUAUAUCUUUUUUUCGGGUUGAAUGGAGGCUGUUUCGCUUCCGCCUAGCGUCUGUGAGCGGAAAAAACACCCUUCCAACUUUGGGCCGGCGGGCCGGUGCACUGACAAACAGAAAGUCUCACAGCCUCGUGACUGACAGAUUGAGGAGUGUUGUAAAAUGUACACGCUAAAGGUGAAGCUCUGCAGAGAAACCUGCAUGCGUAAAACAAGAAAAAGUGAAGAAAUCGCCAAACCUGCAUAGUUCCUCUUUAACUAGCCUCCCAGGUUACUUAUUAAUGUACACAGUGACUUGGUCCUGCUGUUAUUUUACUUCACAUUGUUUGGGUCUGUAUUAGUGGUCCUCUCAUCACAGCCAAGAGGAAAGAAGAACAGUUACCCAUUCCCUUUGGCUUGAUGAGCUGGUAGAAAUUCUUUUAUUCUUUUUAAGUCUAUAAAGUCAAGCUUCUGGGGUCUGUAGAAGCUUAGCUGCUUUGCUAGAAGGUGUAGGCUGCAUUGCAUUAUUGCUUGUACUCAUUUGAAUGGACAUGACACUGUUAGAUAUGGAGUCAACAACACUUUUGGGAGAGCAUGGCUCUGGCGGCAUUAUUAGUGUUGAGGUCAUAGCAAAGGAAGGUCGGCCUUUAAGACAAAACUGCAGGACAGUGUCUUCCCUGGGCCAGUUCCUAUAGUGAUGUAACCAUGGAAACAUAUACGGUGUAAUGGAAAGCAGAAAUUACGCUGAUUGGAUCAGAUAGAUCUAGACUGUUACGCAUUGCACACCAUAGUCAAGCUACCAAAGUGUAGAGCACCAAUCGCAGAUUUAUUGUUAUACCAGUUUUGUAUGUGGAAAAGCUAGUUUCAUAUGUUUGUAUUACAGUUUGUACCCACCAAGCAGACAGCUGGUUUAUCUGCAUGAAGA